AACCGCCCUUACCCCUCCACCCCUCCAACUCCACUCCCGUGCGUUCUCGAAGACUCGUGCACUCUAUUGGAUUCGAGCCAUGUCACAUUUUUCUCGACACAGCCGAGCACCUUUUCUCUUAUUUGGCCCACACUUGUUGUGAAGUUAAGGAAACUCUUGUGCAACUCUCAACUCUAGAUCUGAUUGUCUUUCAUUGUUCGACCCAGUCUUGAAACAUCGGAAAGUUACGAUAUUCCUGGGCGCUUCUUGAACUAUCGAAAACACGAGCCAAUGAAUAGCACCCAAAACAUUAAUCUUCUACUGAAGCACUGGAAGGUAAAUGUCACACCAGUCUUGAUAACUAUAAUUAACAUGAAGUACACACAUCGGAGACAUUUGGGAAGACCUCUUCACCCCAAUCCCGGGGAAGGUACCCAACAAAGUUUUAUACGGGGAGGCCUCCGCCCUGAGGUCCGAAGCGAUAGGAAAUGGUGUUUUUUUUUUUUUCUUUUUUUGUAUACCCCCAGUAAAGCGCUUUUACCUACUCUAAAAAGUCCAACAGAAGUUUUUACAGAACUAGUCCACCAGGGAAUUUAAUUUCUAUCCUAAAUUUUGAAAACUUUCGCGGGAGGAUAAGGUGGGAAUGUAUACGAGAGACCUCAUAUGCCCCACCCACCCCUCUCACCUGAAACUUUCACCCAUCUUAUAACUGUAAACAGGAAAGAAUCGAACGCGCCACUUCUUUCACGUGUAUUCACAUACUGGGGCACGUGUUUACCAUACUGUCUUAGCUGAUUGCUGAUGCCAGUUUUUUGACACAUAAAAAAAGAUGGCGCAACAUUCAGACUCGAAAGGAACCAAGAGAUAGAUUUAUCACGUGCACAUGGCGAAAAAAUGUCUUUGACCUGUCGACCUUUCUAUUAUUUAUUUACUCCACAUAUUUUUGUAUUAUAUUUUUGUUGGAUGACCACUCAAGGUCAUUUUAAUCAACACUGUUCGUUUGUGCAUGUACUGGUAAAUACGUAUUUUUCAAUGAAUUGUCCUGCUUGUCAGCCCGACCAGCCAGUCAGAUAAUAGCCGUAUCAAUUAUCGGAACGUUAUCUCGGCAGAUCAAGGAAACAGUAAUUCAGUCAGUUGUGACUCCCAUGCCCACAAGGUCAACAUCUCGUUUUCUCUUUCCUGAUGAUUUCGACAUUCAAGAUGAUUUCUGCGUGUCUGAUCUUAUUUGUGUUUUCGUUUAGUACUUCACAAGCCACGAAAGUUUGCUAUGGUAAAUAUGGCUGCUUCUCCGACGAUCCACCUUUUGACAACUCGCUGAUCGCUCUUCCAUCAGACCCCGUCACGAUUGGCACAAAGUUUGUGCUAUAUACCAGAGCCAACGCCCUACAGAAAGAAGAAAUCCUGGAUACUGACAAGAACGCGUCAAUAACAAACUCUACAUUUGACCCAUUACUUAAAGUAAAGUUUAUUGUUCACGGUUUUACUCAGAACGGUCAGACUGCCUGGGUUAAAGAAAUGGCUCUGGAACUGCUGAAAAAGGAGAAGAUGAACGUGAUCGUGGUGGAUUGGGCACUAGGGUCCAGUGUUCUGAACCUGUACGACGUCGCGGCCGGGAACACGCGUCUUGUGGGGGCCCAAGUGGCUGAUUUGAUUGACGUGUUGAAUAGGAAGUUUCACGCGGCGUUAAAGAGGUUUCAUAUCAUCGGACACAGUCUAGGUGCACACGUUGCCGGUUUCGCUGGUGAAAAGCUGGUAAAAAGUGGCAAAAUUAUUGGACGAAUUACAGGCCUAGAUCCUGCGAGGCCUGGGUUUGAUUUUGAACACGCGGCUGCUAGAUUGGAUCCAAGUGAUGCAAUGUUUGUUGACGUUAUCCACAGUGACGUCAGGAAUGGCCCCAUCGAUAGCUCUCUGGGACUCCAGCGGCCUUGUGGUCACGUGGAUUUCUAUCCCAAUGGCGGGAAACACCAGCCUGGCUGCGGAACAUCAGACGUGGUAGAAGGUGCUGUAGAUUCCUUCUUGGACAAUGCUCAAGUCUCGCUUCCAUUGAUAUUCGCCUGCGAUCACAUGAAGUCAGUUGCUUAUUUUACAUCCUCCAUCAAUAGCCCAUGCGCAAUGAAAGCUUUCCCUUGUGACAACUGGAAGGAUUUCCAAGAAGGGAAGUGUUUCUCUUGUGAUGGCGCAUGUCCUCUAAUGGGAUAUAACGCUGACCAGCACCGCGCGAACAAGCGUGUUUUAGCCUUUUUGAAAACAGUGGAGGACAAGCCGUUUUGUGCCAGUGAUAACUAUUACCGCCUCACUCUGCAUUCAAGAGAUGGAUCAGGGCUCUUCUCGUUCUUUAGUAUAGUUUUAAACAACAAAAUCAAAAUUACACUGACUGGGAGCAAAGGACAAGUACAAACUGAUGACGUCAGAGAUGUCAAAUAUGGAAAAGAAAGUUUCGUUCUAUCAUCUGCUCGUGAUGUUGGGCAACUGCAGUCCAUCAAGGUACAAUUCAAAGGCUCGGGAUUUUUCUUGAAGAAGGUCGUUAUAUACUCCAAAAUAGAAAACAAGAGAUACACAGCGUGUUUUCAGCAGCAUAUGGAAAACUACUUGUUAUAUCUGAAGUUCGCGUCCUACACCCGGAACCUUGUAAAGGGAAAACACCAUUGCUGAAACGUUAAGG